AUUUAAUUUAUUCUUCUAUCCAAAUUUUGCGUCGUCUUUGCGAUCAAUUUUAUUUAUCUUCCCCAUUCAAAUUCCGGAAAAAAGUAAAAAAUAGUGAAAUCUACUGAAAAUCUACUUCCAUAUCAUAAAAUACAAACAUAUUGUAUUAUUCAAACUUUAUGCACAUGAAUUUGAUCCAAAAUGUCGAAUAAAUGGCAUAAUCGCAACGAAAUUGGUGGCAUUCUACGCAAAGGCAAUUCGGGCUCAGCCAAUCCCGAGGCAAGGACGGUGGAUUUACUUGUCUUUGGCUAUGCCUGUAAAAUAUUUCGAGACGAUGCCAAAGCACGUGAAAUAGAUCAAGGAAAACAUCUUAUUCCAUGGAUGGCCGAUGCAAAUCUAAAGAUCGACAGAUAUGAUGUUAGAGGCGCUAUAUACGAUCUAACCCCAUAUGAGCCUCCACCAGGUGGUUAUGGCAAUCGUUUGGAUUAUCUCACCUCUGAAGAACAACGUGCCGAACAGCUCUGCGAAGAGGAAAGAUACCUUUAUCUCUAUCGCAAUGAACAGGAAGACAUCUUGUAUCAAGAGGAAGAACUUAAACGCUUGCAACACGAGAGCGGUAGUGAUUCAACAUACAGUCAGGUGCAAUUCAAUUAUGAUACACCAUUGGGACCGAAUCGAGAUGAAAAUUCUUCGGAGCUGGGAACAGAUGCUGAGGCGGAUAAGGCGUUUUUGCUGCCGAAGAAUUUCGAAGUGCCAUCAUCAGUUCAACUGCCUGACACGAUGAAACAACACGCAAUCGUGGAGAAAACUGCUCGAUUCAUAUCAGCACAGGGCCCACAAAUGGAAAUACUGAUUAAAGCAAAACAAUCAAAUAAUCAGCAAUUUGAUUUUCUCAAUCAAAAUAAUUCUCUUAAUCCCUAUUAUAAAUUUGUACUCAGUGCUAUGAAAAGUGGAACGUAUCCACAAAUAGAAAUUGAAACAUCAGAUUCUCUUUCUUCCGAUGACAAAUUAUCGAAUGCCACAGCGAAUAGUGUUUGUGUUGAAGAUCCAUUUUCGAAGCCUUAUAUACCAGUGCCUACGAUAAAAUAUACGCCUUCAGCGAAUUGCGCUUAUACUCAGUUGAUAAGUAAAAUCAAAGGAGUUCCACUGCCUCCACCAGAGCCAGAAAAACAACAAUUUACCACUUAUACGCCUGUGCUUUUGCAACAAAAUGCAAAUUCUGCACAAAAUGCUGCUGCUUCUGGAACAAAUGGAGAAUCUACUAACAACAAUCAAAAACAACCUCCACCAAAGCUACAACCAAAAAAUAUUUCCAAUGCGUUAAUGCUGGCCCAUUAUGGUUCUUCGGAUACCGAAAACGAAGAUCAAUCUGAAGACGAAGCAGAGGAGGAAACGCAGGAAAAAGAAGCAGAGAAAAAUGUAGAACUGUGCUUUCCAAUUCCUCCUGAUUAUUUGCAAAAUAUAAUUGACAAGACUGCAGGUUAUGUGAUUAAAAAUGGUCGGCAAUUUGAGGAAACACUUCGUAUUAAGAAUGACGAAAGGUUUACAUUUUUAUUCCCGGAUAACGAGUUUUAUUCGUAUUAUAUGUAUAAAGUGACAGGAGAGAUUAAGUCAUACGUGUCUGAUGAAGAGGAAGGUGAUGAAAAGCAAACUAUUGCCAGUGGUCCAGUAUCAUUCUCAAUAAAAAUCAAAGAUGAUCAACCAGUAGCAGCUCUUCGUCCAGCUCUUCCACAAGAAGCUAGUGAUGAUGAAUCAGAUAAAAAAGUAAAGUCGAAUGGCGGUGGUGUUCAAGUCGGUGAUCAAGUACAAUUGCAACAACCUCAAAUGCCAGCGCGAAGUGUCCCUGAGCAUGUUCAAAAAGCUAUACAGUUAGUUGAGAGUCAGUUGAUGGCGAGAAAUGCACAGCUUGGAAUACCAACGGUUGCUAACAGAUCGAGAUUUGAUAUCGAUCAAAGUGGGACAGUGGCACCAAAAAUGACUGUACCGCUAUCAUCACUUCUUGUCGCAGUUGCGGAUCAAUCACCUGUAAAUAUUGUAAAGUCUCACCAAAAAGAGUUGAAAAGAGCGGAAGAAAAGGUUAAAGAUAAGUUAGCACAAAUUGCGAGAGAAAAAUUAGGAGGAUUAAUUUCAAAGGAAAAACAAUUACAAAUUGAAAGAAAGAAAAAGGCGAUGGCUUUUCUUAAUCAAAUUAAAGGAACAUCCCAAUCAAAUGUCAGCGAAUCAAACAAAAUCUCCGCCAAAUCAUCCUCGGAAAAAAAAGAUGAAGACGAUUCCGAUACAUCAUCCGUACAUUCCAUCCCAAUAUCAUCGUAUGGUGAUGAUAAAUCUGAUACUGAAAUCGUUACAAGGCCUUCCAUUAACAAUCAACGUCAUGAAAAUGUUACAGUUGAAGAUGACGAUGAUGACGAUGACGUACAAUUAAUUACUGUUGAGACCAAAAAGAAAAUUACAAGAUCUCGACCACGUCAGCGAACACAAACUCCAGAAGUUGUUAUUAUUUCUCCUAAACGGGAGCGUUCUCGAUCACGUAAUUCACAUACGAAACACGCAAAAUCGAAAUCGCACAAAUCAAAAAAGAAGUCUUCCAAACAUAGUCAUCAUCACAGUAAGAAAAAAUCAAAGAAACGUUCCCGCAGUCAUAGCACAUAUCGAAGCCAAAGUUGUUAUUCGGAAGAGGAAGAAGAUUAUUCAUCGUCGGAUUCGUCGAGUAGAAAACGAAGAAAACGUUCUUCUUCGCACAAAAAGAAGAAGAGCAGAAGGCAUGACAGAUAAAUGCAAUUGAGUUUUUUUUAUUUGUACAAACAAUCAUAACAAACGCUUUUAACACAAAUAACAUAUUUUUAUAAAUAAAAAUAAUGUUUUGUAAUUCAAAAUUGUAAACUAUAUUUAAGUAAUAAAGAAGAUGUACAUAAAAAAUAAAUGUUUUGA